AUGGCUUGGGUGAGGGUGCAGAGAAGAAAAGGAUUGCUGCUAGCACUGGCAACGCUCCAAAUAGUCGACGAUCUGUUGGUCUUGCCAAACCCGUGCAAAGAUGGUGAACCAUUGUUGUCACCUGAAAGAGAACCAGUGAUUUGUGGAGGAGAGGACACUUGCACAGCCGGUUAUUUCUGUCAUGUGGGCAGCUCACCCGAAACUACGAAUUGUUGCCCUGGAAGUGAGAAACUA